AUGUCGUCUUUCUUCUGCAUGCCCUUCAGCUGUAAUCGGCAAAUCGACUCAUUUGAUAGAAGGCAGUGUAAUUUACAGACCGUCCCCCAUGAUGUCGAACGAUAUGCCAGAUGGCUGGAAGAGCUCCUCCUUGACUGCAACCAUAUCAAAGAGCUCCCAAAGUGUAUUUUCCGCUGCACGAGACUGCGCAGACUCUCGCUGAGGGACAACGACAUCUACAGGCUGCCCCCAGAGAUCUCGCAUCUUGUUAGCUUGGUGGAGCUGAAUCUUGGAAGAAAUGAUAUCUCCGACAUCCCCGAAGAGCUCAAAAACUGCAAGCUGCUCCAAAUUGUUGACCUUAGCUCGAAUCCGAUUACGAGGUUACCCGCAACUAUCACUCAAUUGCCUACAUUAACGAAACUUAUGCUCAAUGAUGUUUCUUUGACGGUUCUGCCGGCCGAUAUCGGGCAGUUGGCCGAGCUCAGGGAGCUUGAGGUCCGUGAUAACCUUAUCCGGACUCUUCCGCCCUCUCUAUGCCAAUUAACAAAAUUACAAGUGCUGGACCUUGGGCAGAACGAGCUGGAUUUAUUGCCACCAAACAUCGGCAAUAUGCUGGCCUUAAGAGAACUGUAUGUUGAUAAUAAUGAUUUGGAGCUGCUGCCGGAGGAAAUUACGAAAUGUCGUCAACUCGAUUCCCUGGACGCUUGCGAGAAUCGGCUACGACAAUUGCCCGAUGACAUCGGCCAUUUGGAACAUUUAACCGAAUUGAAUGUCUCCAACAAUUGCAUAAGCGACAUCCCCCAUUCUAUCGGGCGCUUGAAACGACUUGUCACACUCAAGGCCGAGAAAAACGCGAUCAACCAGUUGACACAAGCUAUCGGAAGCUGUGUAUCAUUGGAAGAAAUUCAGUUGACCUCAAACAACAUCAGCGAGAUCCCAUCCUCGAUUGGAAACUUGACAAGGCUCAAAUUUUUGCAUAUGGAUCAAAAUCAUUUGACGACGAUACCUCCUACGAUUGGUGGCUGUGCUGCUCUAACCACCCUAACACUUCGUGAGAAUCAGAUCUCUGAACUCCCGAUGGACAUCGGAAAGUGCGAACGGAUGUCGGUGCUCGAUCUCUGCUCAAAUCGGCUUUCCUACCUCCCCUUUACGAUUAACGUCCUCUUCAAGCUGCAGGCUUUGUGGUUGUCGGAAAAUCAGUCCCAAGCUAUGCUCAAGCUGCAACAAGAACGCGACCCACGGACUGGCGUGAAAGUGUUGACUUGUUAUUUGUUGCCCCAACACGGUGGACAAGCGCCAGAAUCCGAACGCCCGGCAGCCAAGCAAGCAUUCGUUGGAGGACCCAAGGUCCACUUCCCUGAUAUGAACAACACGGUGGAGGAGGAGAAGAACAUGCCCCUCGGCAACUUCGAGAGGCACGGAACCCCGCAUCCGAAGCCGCACGCCGCCAAGAUGAAGAAGAACACGAUUGACGGGCAUAUUAUACACCAUGAUGAUGAGCAGGGUCACCCUUCAAAUAUUGCUCUCCAACCGAAACGGUCGACCGACAACUCGUUCGUGACGUCGCCGACGCAGUCGAAUGGGGCUCCGGGAACCUCGUCUACAGUACUACCACCAAGAUCGGCCCUCCGAUUACCACCAGUCCCCGUCCAACAGUACGUCCCUGAAAACCACACAACCACCCCCGGCGACCACGAUUCUGGCACGGCCACCGGAAGUGCCCACUCCUCCCAGCAACAGCUCAACAACUACGAGCGUUCGGUUGCCUUCGCCACCGGCACUGAAGAGGAGCACCGUCAAGCCCGCCUGAAGCGCGUCAACACGCCGCACUACGGGAAACAGAAGGCCGGCCAGCGGCCGACAAACCCUACUGAGGUACCCAGCCGGAAA